CGUUUAGAAGUCAAACUAGAAGAAUGUCUGAAGAGAGUUUCAUAACUUACGGUGGAGAAGCUCCAAUUGAUUAUACUAAUAAUCAAAGUUUAACUGAACAUGUGAUAAAAUCUUUUGUGAAAAAUGGCAAAGCAACGGCAAUUAUCGAUGGAAUUUCUGGUGAAUCAAUGUCAUACAGCGAUAUUUUGGACAGGGCAUUGACACUUCAUCAAUACUUUCGAGGAAAAGGCAUUAAGAGGGGCGAUGUUAUAGGAUUAUGUUGUGAGAAUCGUUUGGAAUUUCCCAUUGUGGCAUUUUCUACAAUUUUCUCAGGAGCAACUCUAUCUACUUUGAAUCCCCGAUACGUUAAUCGUGAGAUAAAGCAUGUUCUUGACCUUACAACACCCAAGAUUAUCUUUGUCACUUCAUCUGCAAUUGAUAAUAUAAAAGAAGUGGCCAAAGAGGUACCAUCUAUCAAGGAGAUCAUUGCAAUUGGAAGCAAUUCAAGCUCUAAAAAUGCUCGUGACUUGAGGACUUUUGAUGAGAUCUUGAAAGAUCCAAAAUACAAAAUGAAUCAAAGAGAUUAUAAACUACCAUCUGAGGGUGAUUUGGACAGCAACGAUGCCUUCAUUUUGAUGUCUUCGGGGACUACAGGACUCCCAAAGGGAGUUGUUCUUUCUGACAGAAACAUUCUGGAAGCUUUGGCUAAUUUAGAAGAAACCAAGAGAUCAAUGUUCGUCACUCCAAAUGUCUGCAGUUUGGGUAUUCUUCCAUGGUUUCAUUCCUAUGGAUUAGUCACACUUUUUUGCCUCACAACAAAAGGUGUUAAAAUAGUUUCUCUGCCGAGAUUCGAAGAGAAAACUUUCUUAAAUGCAAUUCAGACGUACAGGGUAUCCCAUUCCUUUCUGGUGCCCCCUUUAAUGGUUUUCCUGGCCAAAAAUCCAAAUGUCAAGAAUUAUGAUUUGAGCUGUAUGAAGGAGCUGUUCUACGGAGCUGCUCCUCUGGGCAAAGAAAUUGAGGAGGAGGUGAAGCAGAGGAUUCCGAGUAUUAGGAAAAUCCAGCAGGGAUAUGGGAUGACAGAGACAACUCUCACGGUAUUCGGAUUCCGAACCGGAAUUCCUCUUUUGGGAAGCGUGGGAGUGGUAACAGCAAAGACUUGGUGCAAAAUUGUCAAUCCUGAGACUGGGGAAGUUCUUGGGCCGAAUAAAACUGGCGAAAUAUGUAUAAAAGGACCAUCAAUUAUGAAAGGAUACUACCGGAAUCCUAAAGCUACCCAGGAAACCAUAAGAAAUGGAUGGUUGCAUACCGGAGACAUUGGAUAUUACGAUGAAACCAGGAAUUUCUACAUUGUGGAUCGAUUGAAGGAGCUCAUCAAGUACAAUAGCUUUCAAGUGGCUCCUGCUGAACUCGAAGGACUUAUCCUAACCCAUCCUGCAGUAAAAGAUUGCGCAGUAAUUGGUAUUCCACAUGCAGAAGUUGGAGAACUUCCAGCCGCUUUUGUGGCAUUGAAAGACAAUCAUCGAGCAACAGGGGAAGAAAUUGCUGAAUUCAUUGCUGAUAGGGUAUCAAAUCACAAAAGAUUACGUGGAGGAGUUCAUUUUGUCCAGGAAAUACCAAAAAACCCAAGCGGAAAGAUUCUCCGAAGAGUCUUGCGAGAUAGACUCUCAAGAAAAUCUAAAUUGUAAUAGAGAGACUUGUAAUGCUAAUAAAGACGUUGUAUUUAGAAAA